AUGCCGCAGUGGGCUCAUUACGAGUACAGUUUCCUGAGCCAACAUGCGCCAGUCCGGGAGGGCUCGCCACUUCAACGAGCGCCUCAGACUGAGUCUGCUGCACUGGCGAAUCUCAUCCAGUACAAAAGGGCCAUCAAGGCGCUCAACGACCCAUCAGCUGUUAUCAGACCUAGCCAAAACAAGUUACAGAAACCAACGAAGCCAUUUUGGGCGCUCAAGGCUCAACAGAUCUCUGAGGAUGUCGUACUGUGGCUUCGCUCCGAACAUCACAACGGCCGCUUCUCCGAUGACAAUGGACAUAUUCUCAGAGACUUCCCGUAUUCAGCAAUCGUAAAACUGGUUCGAUCCUUCCAAGAAGACCCGUCUCGUCUACCUGCUAAGACCAAGAGAAUUUUGGAAUCCUACGUAGCCCAUGCCCAAACUCAGUUCAGCUCCUUUGAUCUCGGCCAAGCCGCGAUAGAAACGAUGAAAGGCCCCGAGUUCUUCUGGCCACCACAUCCAUGA